GGCAGGCUCCUGCAACAUCAGGGCCUCUCUGGCCUGCCACAGCCCUCCCGCACCCAGCCAGAAGCGAUUGUAGGGCUGUUCGUGGCUGCACAAGCAAGAUAAGACCACAUUUCAAAUCUCAGAAUUUCCCAUGGAAGGAAAUACCAAUUUUUGACCACUUCACAUAUUCACCAUCGUUUGAAUUCACACAGCUCACGCCUGCCCUGUCUAGCAGUAUGGAAACUGAAAUAGAGCCCAGAGCAAGUUUUGUACAAGACACUACAGACUUUCUACGGAAACUUAAAAACAUAGACCACCUUCCCAGCAACAAACUCCUAGCCACCAUGGACAUUACCAGCCUAUAUACCAACAUCCCACACCAGGAUGGCAUCCAAGCCUGCCUUACAUAUCUACAGGAACAAGAUUUCAACUCAGAAUACAGACCCAAAGAUAUUACUGAACUUAUACACUUCAUCCUCACACACAACAAUUUCACUUUUAAUAAUCAACACUUCCUCCAGAUGAUGGGAACAGCUAUGGGCACUAAAAUGGCCCCACAGUAUACCAACCUUUUUAUGAGCCACCUGGAAAAAGACUUCCUCAAGAAUUGCACCAUCAAACCCUUGCUAUACUUAAGAUACAUUGAUGACAUCUUCAUAAUUUGGACUGAAAAGCUGCAGUCUCUGAUUGAGUUCCAUCAGAAAUUCAACAAUCACCAUCCCUCCAUCCGACUUUCUUUAGAAUACUCCAGCACCAACAUCUCCUUUUUAGACACAGUGAUCAGUAUCCAGAAGGGUAAAAUACAGACCACAGUAUACAAGAAUACUUGUAUUCUUGUCAGACCACAGACCAACAUACAUAUCUGCACAGAACCAGCAAUCACCCUAAACACACCAAAAAAGCUGUGAUAUACAGCCAAGCCCUCAGAUACCACCACAUUUGUAGUGAAGAGAACACCUGGGAUUGCCACCUCACCAAUCUUAAAAAGGCUUUCACCCAACAAGGACACUUGUCCAGAGAGAUAAAUCGCACGUUUGAAAGAGCCACCUGGAUACCACGUGAAGAACUGCUGCAGUACAGAAGAAAACCCCCCACAAAUCGCACACCGCUGGUUAUGACGUAUCACCCCUCCCUUGAACCUGUAUGGAAAAUCCUCAAAAAAUUGCAACCCAUACUAGAAAGAGACCCUGUUCUUAAAAAGAUCUUCCCAGAGUCACCCAUCCUAGCCUUCAAACAAGCACCAAACCUUGCCAACCUCAUCACCAGAAGCAAACUUCCUCAACCCCAGAACACACCAAAAGGAUCCAGACCGUGCCAUGACAAGAAAUGCAAAACCUGCCAACACAUCUCCACCACCCCUACAAUCACUACACCCCACAACAGAGCCAUCAGCAUCCCUGGAUCUUACAGCUGCACCUCCAGAAAUGUAAUAUACCUCAUCCAAUACACCAAAUACCCUGAUGGAAAAUACGUAGGAGAGACCAAACAACAACUGCGCACCAGAAUGAACGCACACCAGAAAUCUAUCAAAGACAGAAAUAUCCAAUUACUGGUGGGGGCACAUUUCUCACAGGAAGGCCACUCUCUCUCCAGUCUCUCAGUCCUGAUCCUCAAGGGAAACUUGCACAACACUUCCCAGAGACGAGCCUAUGAGCUCCAUUUCAUCAACCUCCUGGAUACUAGAGAUCAUGGACUAAACAUAGACAUUGGAUUUUUGAUACAUUAUAAUCUGCCUGGCAACUGACUCCCCAGCCCAGCCCCUGGCUUCUUUACUUUUCAUUCCAUCCAGGAAGAGCACGCACCAACUGCUGAAACUUCCUUAGCCUGACGAAGGGUUUUUGAACCCGAAAGCUUGCUUAAUAACUAUUCUCCAACUAUUUGGGUUGGUCUAAUAAAAGAUAUCAAAUUCAUCCAAGGAACCUUGUCUGCCUAUAGUUUUAGGGGCAUUUUAGCCGGGCUGAGGAAAGCCUAAAGGGCACAGGGAGACUUUCUUUCCCCCCUGCCCCAGCCCUGGGCCAUGGGAUCGCAGCCAAGGCUCCAGAAUGGUCUGGGCCUUGGGGUUUUAUAAGAGUUAGCUAUGUUCAAAGGGAGGCUGCACCUUAUAUUUUGUGAAUGGGUAUCCUGUAUUAUAUAGUUUAUAUUUUGUUUUAUGAGUGCAGGUUAAUAAAGUCUAAACUGAAGAGGUAUAUUAAAAUUGUUAAUCUGAUAUAAUGAGGCUAAGUAGUGAUAGAAUAUGUAUGUUUUAUAUGUUUAUAUUUAAUGUUUAUAUAGAUUUGGAUCUGAUAGAAUGUAAAGCUAUAAGACAAAUAUUGAAAAUUAAAUUUAAUUCUCAGUGAGAUAGUUACCUGUAUCCUGAGGAGGGAUAUAGGACUAGGUAAAUAUUUCCUAUAUUCUUGAUGGUCUAAAUGUUUUGUUAUAUAUGUAUAUUCUAGUAACACCCUUGUUGAUACUUAUUUAUGGUUCACCUUUACUUACCUGUUUGUUAUUUGUUCUAGGUUAGUUAAUUUCCUGUGUAGAGUGUGAAGCCCUUGGGAUGGUGUAAUCCUCUAGCUGCUAUUUAUAGAAUAUAGUAUUGUAUAAGUUUUUAUAUAUUAUAUGUUUAUUAACAUUAUUUUUGUGUAACUCUUAUAUAUAGCAAUAAAUGUGUAUAUAGUUAAGAUCUGAA